AUGGCUCCAAAAGAGGAUUGGGAAAAAUAUAAGGCUCCAGUGGAGGGGAAAGAUUCAAAACCAAAUGAAGACAAGAUUAUUCCAUUGUCCGAAGGUGAUAUCCAAGUUCUGAAAAGUUAUGGUGCUGCUCCAUAUGAUUCUAAGAUAAAAGAAACAGAAAAGGAUUUAAAAGUCAUCGAAGGUAAAAUUAAAGAGAAAGCUGGUGUCAAAGAAAGUGAUACUGGUCUAGCACCAUCGCAUCUAUGGGAUAUUAUGGGUGAUAGACAAAGAUUAAGCGAGGAGCACCCAUUGCAAGUUGCUCGUUGUACAAAGAUCAUUAAAAAGAGCAGUGAAAAUGGAGAUGAAAGCAACUCUGAAAGCACUGAAGGUAAUGGAACUGCAAACACCAAUACUGCUGCUGAUGAUAACGAAGAAGCCAAAUAUGUAAUUAAUUUGAAACAAAUUGCCAAGUUCGUGGUGGGAUUAGGUGAAAGAGUUUCACCAACUGAUAUUGAGGAAGGUAUGAGAGUGGGUGUUGACAGAUCUAAGUAUCACAUUGAAUUACCUUUGCCACCUAGAAUUGAUCCAAGUGUUACAAUGAUGACUGUGGAGGAAAAACCUGAUGUGACCUAUACUGACGUAGGUGGUUGUAAAGAUCAGAUAGAGAAGCUGAGAGAAGUUGUUGAAUUACCAUUACUAUCCCCAGAAAGAUUUGCUACUUUAGGUAUAGAUCCUCCAAAGGGUAUUCUUUUAUAUGGCCCACCAGGUACUGGUAAGACUUUAUGUGCGCGUGCCGUAGCUAACAGAACGGAUGCCACAUUUAUCAGAGUUAUUGGUUCCGAGUUAGUACAAAAAUAUGUUGGUGAAGGUGCCCGUAUGGUUAGAGAACUAUUUGAAAUGGCUAGAACUAAAAAGGCAUGUAUUAUUUUCUUCGAUGAAAUUGAUGCCGUUGGUGGUGCUCGUUUUGAUGAUGGCGCUGGUGGUGAUAAUGAAGUUCAAAGAACCAUGUUAGAAUUAAUUACACAAUUAGAUGGUUUUGAUCCUAGAGGCAAUAUCAAGGUCAUGUUCGCCACAAAUAGACCAAAUACAUUAGAUCCAGCUCUUUUAAGACCUGGUAGAAUUGAUCGUAAAGUUGAAUUUUCUCUACCUGAUCUAGAGGGUCGUGCUAAUAUUUUUAGAAUCCAUACAAAGUCAAUGAGUGUUGAAAGAGGAAUAAGAUGGGAGUUAAUUUCAAGAUUAUGUCCAAAUUCUACUGGUGCUGAAUUAAGAUCUGUUUGUACUGAAGCUGGUAUGUUUGCAAUCAGAGCGAGAAGAAAAGUAGCUACCGAAAAGGACUUCUUAAAGGCUGUGGAUAAAGUUAUUAGCGGUUAUAAAAAGUUCAGUUCAACAUCUCGUUAUAUGCAAUAUAAUUAG